AUGCAAGUGAUGCCGAUACUCAUAGCGGACAACAUGGAAGGGUGCGAGCCAGAGGAGAAGGAGCAACGGUUCAAGGAGGUGAGGGCGUUCAGGAGGUACGCAGUGUUCUACAAGUCGCUGCUCGGCGUGAACAAGCACACCGAGAGGACACUCAGUGACGACAUACCCCGACGCAUCGUGGAGGAGGAGGUGCAGAGGGAGAUUACGCGGGAGGUGGCGGCCCUGGCUGGGGGAGGACGGCAGUACGUCAGUGCCUUGCGUGAGGCUGUGAGGCAUCAAACGUACGUCCUGACGCGGAGGUCGAGGAGUGCGGACGUUAGCGACGAGGAGGACGCAGUGUUGUGGGUGUAUAAGGAGGCCCUAGGAUCAGACAUGAAGGAGCUCGGUUGGUGCGUGGCAGCAGCUGGAGUGACGGACACAGCGAUCAAGGUACACACGGCAGUGGCCAUUCCGCGUACACAUGGUGGAAAGCUUGUCGCAAAGGGCACGUUUGUCAAGGCCAGCCCGUCCGAGAAGUGGUUUUCUGACGUUGCAGUGAAGACCUCGGAGGACAAGGAGUGGUACGCACGAUGCAUGUGCGUGUUCCGAGCAACGGACGCGGACGAGAAGGAGGGGAGGUACGCCUAUGUGAAGUACUAUGAGGCGGCGGGCGUGUGCCCCAUGACAACAUGUGUGCAGCUAAUACUGGGGAGGGUCACCACACGCUACGCAGCGGUGGACGUGGAGUGCAUUAAGCGGGUGGUGCAUGUGUGCAAGUCAUAUGUGAACAAGAAGGUCAUGCUGCUGAACAAGUUUUUGCUUUGCGAGUAG